UUGCACUCUGCUGUCUUGAAGGAGUUGGGGAAUAAGCUGAGAGGCGAAGGACUUGUCUGGCUGAUCGAUAGACGGAUCCAGUUUAAAAGAUGUCCAGCAGUAUACCGGCAGACAUGAUUAACUUGCGGCUUAUCUUGGUGAGUGGAAAGACGAAAGAAUUUCUGUUCUCACCCAAUGAUUCAGCAGCAGAUAUUGCCAAGCACGUGUAUGAAAACUGGCCAAUGGAUUGGGAGGAUGAGUUGGUCAGCAGUCCAAGUAUUCUUAGACUUAUCUACCAAGGGCGAUUUCUCCAUGGAAACGUGACACUAGGAGCGCUAAAGCUUCCUCUUGGUAAAACUACUGUGAUGCAUUUGGUUGCAAGAGAGACAUUGCCAGAACCAAACUCCCAAGGUCAAAGGAACCGUGAAAAGACUGGAGAAAGUAAUUGUUGUGUGAUUCUGUAAAUACUUCCACUUAUUUCUGCUAACCGUGAUGUAAUAUAGUCCUUGUCUUUCAUGCUGCUGGUAUAGAAGAGAAGUAACGUUGCUUCAAGGAUCCUUUUAAAAAAAAUGAUUAUCAAUCAAAAUAAAAACUGGAGCAUUACUGUUUGUUUUAAAGCUAUUCUCCAUUGUACUGUUUACUUUAAUUGUGAUUUUCUUUCCCAUUAUUUUCUAUGGUAUGUAUUCUUUCUGCAGUUUCUGUAUUUAAUUCUAUUACCUAAAGACAGACAAAUUAAAGACUUUAUGCCACUG